GUCUAGCCGCGGUGUCUGCUGGUUCGCCGCACUGGCCGCUCCCAGGGGAGACCCAGGUGCCCGCAGCUGAGACCCGAGCGCCCCCGGGGGAGACCCGAGCGCCCCCAGGUGAGACCCGAGCUCCCCCAGAUCGAGGAUGGAAGAAGCAUGGGAGGCCUCCCCCACCGGCGAGGGCCCCGGCCCCACCAUCGUCCUGGAGAAGCACCGGGCCCUGUCCAGCUCGCCCGCCGCCCACGUCCAGCUCGCCUGCAGCCCGAGGCACUGCGCCUUCCCGCUGGAUGGCAGCAGACUCUGUGUCUGGAGCACCAGGGACCCUUCUGAGCAGCUGCUGAUGCUAAGAGGACACCAUCAGUCCAUUACUGCCGUGGCCUUUGGGAACACAGAGGUUCCUCUUCUGGUCUGUUCUGCCUCCCAGGACUAUGUUAUACUGUGGAACUUGGAUGACUGCAGAGAGAAAGUAGCCCAAGGACUGACUCCUCGUGGGACGGAAAUGGGCACCCGUCCGGGGAAGGUGCAGAGCCUGCGGUUCAGCCCUGACGACCGCAUGGUGGCCGUGUGCGCUGGGAGCAGAGUGCUCCUGCUGGACGUGGCGGUGAGUGAGGGCCGGGGCUUGCUGGCUCAACUGCAAGGACACCGGGGCAGCGUGACGGCCGCCGAGUUCUGUCCUUGGCAAGCAGACACGGUCAUCUCGGUAUCUGAGGACAGGAGUUUCAAGGUGGGGAGCUGCGUGCACCAGCAUGGGAGCCAGGCCCUCGCUGUCUCGGGGCCACCCUCACCCUCCCAGCUCCUCAGCUCUUGCCCGCAGCUGCCUGUCAGCAGGUGGCGUGCGUGGCCUGAGCCACAGCCGUGGCGAUGCCGUGUGCGUGCUAAGGGGAACGUGUCUGUCACAGGUCUGGGACAGCCAUGCGGGCUCCUUGCUGCACUGUUCCCCCGUGCUGUCAGCCUACCCGCUGCUGAGUCUGCUGGUGGACGCGGAGCACAGGCAGGUGGUCACGGGGGACGCCGAUGGCCAGAGGGCCCGUACGGAGAUGGCAAGGUGGACACAGCGGUCCCUGUGCUGAGCCUGGCGCCCUGCGACCUCUCAGGCGUCCUGGGGCCGGCGUGCGCGCCCCUGACCGCGGGUGCCGUGUGGGUGGGCAGCUCUGAGGGGCUGCUGCUGCUUCUCCCAGCCAGCUGCGAGCUGGAGGCCAUCCUGCUUUUCCAGGACUUCCAGAAUCUCAGUGUCCAGGUGGCCGGCUCCUGUGCCCUGAGCAGUGGGGGCUGCCAGACCUUCUGCCUGCUCUCCUCUCUGUUUGGAGGCCAGAUCGUGCUGCUGGAGGUCUUCGUGGAUGCCCUGCUGAGGGUGCAACCCAGCCCCGGCCUAGGCCGGGGGCUCUCGGUGCUGGCCAGCUCCUGUGUCCCCCCGACCUCCCUGCUGUAUCUGGGGGCCGCUGGGAAGAGAGAGGCUGAGCCGGACACUCCCAAGCUACCCAGUCUGCGUGGUGCCGUGAAGGACCAGCCCCUCGUCUUCCACCACCAGGUUCGAUCCUCUGGCUAUGCCGAGGCACCGCGUGCGACUAUGUUUUCACCAAAAACCAACGUCAAGGAUGCAGGAAAGCGACCUUCCAGGGUCAAGAACAGCCGCCGCUGUGACCGGGACCCAUGGGAGAGGCCUCUGCCCACCUCGCUUUGGAAAUGGCGGUCCUCCACGCUGGGCCGCACUGCCGUGAAUUGCGUCCAGUUCUCAGGCGAUGGACGGCGCCUGGCCUGUGGCCUCUCGGACCACCUGUCCCUGGUCCUGGAUGCUGAGCUCACUGGGACACCUGCUGUUCUCUCAGGCCACGGCGGGGCUGUGAGUGCUGUGAGCUGGAGCCACAAUGGCCGGUGGCUGCUGACCGCUGCUCAGGACAGCACGCUGAAGCUGUGGGUGGCCCGCAGGGCGGAGCUGGCCUUGACUCUGGGUGCUGGCCUCAUCUCUGGGCCUGUCCCGGCCGCCCAGUUCUACUACAUGGAUGCCUUCAUCCUGCUGGCGGCCGGCCCCGAGGUGCAGCUGCUCAGCUUCCACCUGGACACCAGCAAGGAUGAGAUUCGCCGGUACAAGCGGAGGAGCUGGGGCAGGCCGGUCCUCAGGCUGGCUCUGACGGGAGGAGCUGAGGUCACCAGCCUCUCAGCUGUGAAUGACUUCUACUCGCACGUCCUGCUCACGGCCGGCCGGAACCGGGCACUUGAGGUGUUUGACCUCAGCACUGGCCACAGCACAGCUCUGGUCGCCGAGGCCCACUCCCGGCCUGUGCACCACAUCAGCCAGAACACGGGGUCCGCCUUCACCAGCCAGACGCCCCACAGCUACAAUCUGUUUGCUACAGCCGCCCUCGGCGACGGGGUCCGACUGUGGGACCUGAGGACUCUGAGGUGUGAGCGCCGCUUCGAAGGCCACCAGGCCCGCUCCAUCCCCUGCGGCCUGGCCUUCAGUCCCUGUGGCCGCUAUGUGGCCUGCGGUUCUGAGGACAGACACGCGUAUGUGUACGACGUGGCCUCUGGCACCUUCUCCCAUAGACUGGCAGGACACACGGACACAGUCAGCGCCGUAGCCUUCCGCCCGAGCGCCCCCCAGGUAGUGACUCAAGUCUUGCCUCUGUGCCCACGGCGUCAUCUGGUGGGACGGGACAGUGUCCGGGGUGACUGGCCAGCGGGGAGGGCGGGGCCUGGCUGGAUGACAAGGAGGGGACAGGGCUGUCCCCGUGGGUGGCUGAGCAGGGGCCAGGGUGCAGGGGUGUGCUCAGAGAGGACCGCAGCAGGCCAGGGUGCAGGGGUGCCCCCUUGAGAGUGGCUGAGUUUCCUGGGUGGGGAGGGGUGCCGUGCUCUGAGGUGCUGGGCCAUGGAGCUGCCUCCCCCUACUCGGUGGGCAGGCGCCUCGGCGGGGGAGGUGCUGGGUGGUGGUCACAGGAAGGACUGGGGACAUAGCCCUCCAGACAGAUUUGCGGCCCUUAUGGUCGGGCCCCGGAUUGCACUGGGAGCGCAGUGCUGCCCUUCAGGCCACUUCCUGGCCUGUGUGAUGGUUUCUCUGCUGAGUUGUGUUUGAUCUCCCAUUCUUGGGCUCCUGGCGCUGAGACAGGGUUUCCCUGGCUGAGUCGGGGCUCGCUGUGCUGACUCAGGACUCCCUACACUGAUUUAGGGUUCCCUGUGCUAAGUUGGGGUUCCCUACGCUAAGUCAGGACUCUGUGAUGAGUCGUAGUACUCUAUGCUGAGUUGGGACUCAGUGCUGCAUUGAGACUGAUUCUCCUGAGCCAGGGUCAUCUCGUGUUGUUUUUGUGACUGUGUUUUGCUUCAUCGUGGCUUUCUGCAGCACACUGGUCCUGCUGACUCAGGCAUCGAAGCUCAGUCACAGCCCUGCAGGUGAGCUAGACUGUGAGGUGCUGGCUUCUGUGUACAUUUCCCGAGACCUGGUGCCACCCCUUGUCUCCCUGC